AUGGAGGACGUUCUAGAUGCAAGGGCUAUAAAUUCAAUCGAGUGCUGGUUACAUGGUUUACUUUGUGAGCAAUUCAUCCAGAAGACGGCUCGAGACUUCUCACCAAUCAUGAUAAAGGUAUUUCUCGGCUUGCUGGCAUCCUCAGCCAUGUCAAAAGGAAUGUUCAUAAACAACAAAACGGAUAUUGGGAAUUUUACACCUCCUCCACCUGGCUCACAUGACAGACCCAUUCCCCCUGAAUACUGGGAUACUAGUGGUUAUCCUCCACUGCCUGACAACCACAUGCCACAACAUGACUAUGACAUGACAGAUGAUGGCCCUCCACAGAUACGCUCUGGCAUCCUAAUGCCAUAUGAGAUGCCCACUGGGAUGCCUGUUCCAACAGAGGAAUACCCAAAGCUACCACAGGGUUAUCCUUUGCCACCAAAUAGUAGGGAUCUUUCCAAAGGGUCCAGCAUGUUCAACAUACCAGAUUUGACAUAUUGCAGUCUGAUCAUGGAAGCACCUGUGCUCCCAACCGCAGAUCAAGUACCUUGGUUCUGCACCUGCUCUUUGUGCAAAGGAGCAAGCAGUGGCCCAAAGGGUGAGAAAGGAGACAGAGGCCUACAAGGUCCACCUGGGAGUCCUGGAAGUAGAGGUCUAAGUGGUCCCCGAGGUCAGCCAGGUUUUACAGGUCUACAAGGACUUAAGGGCCAGAAAGGUGAUCAAGGUAUUAAAGGGAGUGAUGGUCUAUCGGGCCCAAUGGGAAUAAAGGGAGACCGUGGAUUCAAGGGUGAUAAAGGAGACAUGGGUACAGAAGGGAGGGCAGGGGACCAAGGACCUCCUGGACCCCCUGGGGAUUGCUCUUCAAGGUGUACUUCUGUAAAUGGACCUCCAGGAGAAGUUGGACUACCAGGAGUAGUUGGGCCUAGAGGCCUUCCAGGAGGCUCAGGAGAACCUGGAGUGAAAGGCAAGAAGGGAGAUCAGGGUGAAAUGGGUAAGCCUGGAGUUCCAGGCCUUGAUGGACUGAAAGGAGAUCAAGGUGAACAAGGUGUGUGCAAUUGCAAGGAUGGGGCCAAAGGUGCAGAUGGAAUUACUGGACCUCCUGGUCCAAAGGGUGAAAAAGGGAAUUUUGGCUCUCAGGGGGUUGAAGGGGUAAGUGGUCCUAAAGGCGAAAAAGGAGAACUAGGAGUGACAGGUUUUCCUGGCCCCUGCUCUCCUGCCAUCCAAUCAGGGUUUUCAGCAAGACUGGCUAUCAGUAACCCAAAUCCAGAUAAACCUGUCCCCUUCAGCUUAAUCAUUUACAAUGUACAGUUUCACUACAACUCCAUUACCGGUGUCUACAAGGCUCCUGUCAAUGGUACAUACAGCUUUAGCUAUAAUUUGCAUGUUUUCAACAAAGUCCUCAAAGUGGGGCUCUUCCACAACUUUAUCCCAAUUGUGAAAAGCACCGGGCCAAUAAACCUUGGUAUGGUCUCUCAGGAGGUGAUUCUACACCUGAAACAGGGUGACGAAGUAUGGAUCCAGGUAAAGGACACAAACAGUAAUGGUAUGGGUGUCAAAAGCGAGACCAGUAGCACCUUCUCUGGCUUCCUGCUUUACCCAGACAGCUGUGAGGCACCCUUUUCCCGAGAAAUACCUGACCCUAUCAUUGGCACGUACAGCUGGGGUACAGUGGAAGAACCAGACAAUCCAUAAAUAUACAGUAAUUGUUGUUCAAAUGCCAAAUUUCACACAAGACAACAAAGCUCUUUAAUAUCUAUAUUGAUACUUCUCA